UAUGCGUAUCAAAUUCCUAAUAAUGCUCAUUAUUAUUAAAUAUUAAUUUUAUACGAAUAAAAAUAAAAAAUAAAAACAAUGUUACCGGGUAUGUUUAACCUCUAAUUAAAACUCCACGAUCGAAGAACAUUAUUCUUCACUCAUGUAUUAGACGUAAAUAAAUUGUAAAAAGACUAAUUAAUGUUAUUUACAGUUAAGAAAAGUCCAUUGUUUUUUGUGAAGAAAGUGACGGUUAUGAAACGAGAUCACAUCACGUGUCGUCACCAUUUUAGUUUAGAGCCAUUCAAGGAUGAUGGCCUCCACAACACCUCUGGUGGCCAGAAAACAUAAAGUCAAGUCGAAACGUAUCGAUUCGUUGCGUACGGGACAAUUUGUAUAAUGAAAGCAACAAUCGAUUUUAAAGAAUUCUCUGGCCAUACCGCCAACAGAGGCUCGUGUUUAUUACUUGCAAAGGAAAACGGUAAUUCCCCGUCGUGUAAACUCUUAAUUGUCUAUGCCGUCGUGCUAUUGAGGUAGUGAGGUUACUGUGAAUUGUUUCGCAUAUGAUAUUUAUUUGGCACAAAUAUUGUUUGCUAAAACUAUUUUCAAGUGUUUUGCUAGUUUGUUAGUAAAACGAAUGUUCGCCGACUGUCGUUUCAAAUUACGUGUCGAAUGGUCUGAUAUUGUAUCAACAUGUCUAAAGUUUGAGAACAUUUUCGCAUCAAUAGCGAAAAUGACAAAUAUGCAAUUUGUAAUCAUUGUAGUUCGCAAAUUUCACGGGGCGGUACUUCCAAAUCUACAACCAAUUUAAUGAAGCAUUUGAAAUCCCGGCACACAUUACUACCAGAAAAAACAGAGUGUUUGCAGAAAAACAAACUUUUGUUUACAGCACUGUCACCAACCAAGUCAAAAGGUACCACAGAAAAAAGUAGUGCUACCUUUGAACCCAUUUUGAACAAAGAUGAUAUGUUAUCGGCGUUAUCGCCUGUUAAAAACCCCCGUCUAAAUGUUGGUCUUUUUUGUGCACAGCCUAGUACUAGCAAACAAACUUUAUGUGAAGAUGCUUCUUCACUGGUAGUUGAAAAAAAAACCUUCCAAAAUAUUGUACCUUUUUCUGCACAGCCCAGUACUAGUAGACAAAAGCAUGAGACCUGCCAACCAACACUGGCACAUUUCUUGUCAGAAAAAUCAAAAUUUAAGCCAGGGGAUAAAUGUGCCGAAAAAUUUAAUUGUUUGAUAGCUCAAAUGAUUUGCCUUGAUCAACAACCUUUCAGCAUCGUAGAGAAUGUAGGUUUCAGGCAGCUGGUACAGGCGCUAGAACCACGGUACACAAUACCGACACGGAAAACAUUUUCGAACAAACUUAUCCCUGAAAUGUAUUCAAACCUGAAAGAAAAUGUUAAAAAAGAACUUGAAGAUGCAAAAUAUAUUGGAAUUACAACCGACUUGUGGACCUCAACCUCACAAGAUGAUUAUCUUAGCAUUACGGUACAUUUUAUUGACAACGAUUUCAGUUUCAAACACUACUGUAUUGAAGUGAAGCCUUUCCUGGAAGUUUCUCACACAGCAUCAAAUCUGUGCAGCUUUCUUGUUGAAACAAUUACUCUGUGGGGCCUCCAAGAUAAAGUAGUUGCCGUGGUCACAGACAACGGACGUAACGUUGUUGCUGCAUUGUCAGCAUCCCCUUUUGAACACAUCUCCUGUUUUGCCCACACAUUGCAGUUGGUUUUGAAAGAUGCAUUUUUGAACUCGAAGCUUGUUUCAAAUUUGACUUCAGCAUGCAGGAGAAUUGUUGGUCACUUUAAACAUUCAUCCAAAAAUUGCAAAAUUCUUGCAAAGUGUCAAAAUAUGGCAGGACUUCCAAAUCACAGACUCAUUCAAGAUGAGCCAACUAGGUGGAAUUCCACCCUCCACAUGCUAAAAAGACUUGUUGAACAAAAACAAGCUGUUAUACUGGCUUGCAGUGAAACUAAUAAUUCCCAAACAGUAUUAAACAGUUCUCAGUGGACUGUCAUAGAUCACUGUAUUUCAGUGCUCGAAAUUUUCAACAAUGCAACUUUACAAGUGAGUUCUGCAAAUUCCAAUGCAUCUGAGGUAAGUUAUACUUACUCUACCAUCUGUGAACAAUUAUUAAAGCAUAACAUUGAUCAGUCAACUUAUCUUUUUUUUUUUUUUUUUCAAUUUUAGAUUAUUCCUCUGGUGCAUGUUAUACAACAUGAGUUACAAAAACCUGCACCACAAGGAUCUGGUCUACAAGGCCUAAAAAUGAUCUUCUGGCUUCACUGGUGCAAAGAUUCAAAGAUGUUGAAAGUGAUAAAACCCUUGCCAUGGCCACUCUUUUAGAUCCCAGGUUCAAGAGUAUUCCAUUUAGAGAUAGUAACAGUUUGCAUAAUGCAAAACAAAGACUUCUGCAUGAAGUUGAACAGUUGAAUAUUCACAAGGUUGGUGACUCUGAAUGUGAAACAUUACCAAACAAAACAUGCGCUGCAUACUCUGAUCCCAAAGAUAUUUGGUCCAAAUACUCUACAAUAUUUGAGCAGCAAGAAGAGGUAGCUGACAAAGUCGCUCAGUCUGAAAAGGAGAUUGAAAUGUACCUGAGUGAAAAAACACUGCCAGCACAAUCUUCCAUUGCAGAGUAUUGGAAGAAGAAUCAUAAAUUUCCUACCCUGUAUGAACUUGCAGUGAAGUACCUUUCCAUACCGCCUUCAACAGUCUUCAGUGAAAGGCUAUUCAGCACAAGUGGCCACAUUUGUGACACUAAAAGGAACAGGUUGGACCCUGAGCGUGUCAGGAUGCUCGUUUUCCUUAACAAGAACUUGAAGAGAAAAUAAUUUGUAUUACCACGUCUUAAAAUAUUUUUUUUUCUUAAGUAAGCUCUAGAUUAUGAGUUACUUGUGUUUAUAAUAUAUAUUAUGUAAUUUUUAAGAUAUACAAUGUUUUCUGUUACUUGUAUGAUAUAAAAGUGUAUCAUCAUAUUUUGUUUCGCCACAUGUUUGUUUCAUAACCAUAACUGUAUAAUAAACUUAUUUGUAGUGUAGCUAUACAGGUUUUGUUACCUACUCUUUUUUACACUUGCAGUGAAGUAUAAAUAAUCAAUAUGUACAAGUGUCAUUUUUAACAGUCUUCAGCGAAAGUCUAUUCUGUAGAAGUGACGCGAAAAUUAUUUGGUCACUCCUUGAACAAGCAAAGAUGCUUUUUUUUGAGCAAAGAACUUGAAGGAAUAUAAUGUGCAUAACUGCAUAACCAUUAUAGUGCAAUUUUAUUUUAUGUUUAUUGUUUAUGUAUGGAAAGUCUCUUUAACAGUCUCGCAUACAGGAUUUAUUUGUGGAAGAUGCUGAACAUUUAAUCCUAAGUUUAUAAUUAUCCUUUAUGCAUGUUAUUAUCAUUAUGUAAUGCAUUAAAUUCUUAAAUAGUUUUAAUUAUGUGACCAGAAUUACCAGGAAUCUAAAACUGGAAUGACUCGGAAUCGAGAAUCGAAAUAUAGGAAUCGGUACCGGUAUCGGAAUCGAUAAAAAUGUGUACUCAACCCAUCCCUAGUAUUUCUCAAACAAAUGUUGCAGUCCAAUAUAUACGUUAAAAAAAAUAAACUUAAAAAAAUAUAGGUAUUAAUAAUAAAAAAAUUAAAAAACCCUUAACCUCAUUUUGCUGAUUCAACAUUUAAAAUUAAAGGUCCCUGCUUAGUCAGGGGUGUGUCUGUGUUAGUGAGGCGGAAUGAUAAGCGCGACGUUCACUGGUUCUUCUAGCACGGUGUCACCUCUAAGCACAUGGCUUUGAAGUGGUGCGCAGUCUUCUCGUCAUCACAGGAAAACUAUGAAUUUGGGCGGUGACCAUAACAUUAUAUGUCAUAGAAAUGAAGAUUAAGGUGUAACUCAAGUCCCUUAAAGUGCUUUCAAGUAUCUCUACCGGUUUUAUGCUUAAAAAAUACUCUGAAACACGUCUAAAAAACGGAAAAAAUUUAAUCCGAAAACAAAACUACUUAUUGGCCCUCAGCGAAUGCUUAAAUACUUUUCGUGAACAGACCCCACUCAGAUAUCUAAGUAGUUUUGAAAUCGAGUUGUUUUUCCUGAAAUUCUGCACAUCGUAUGUGUAUCCAAGUAGGCAGGGUCCUUAACAGUAAAAAUUUCAUCAUAAAAUUAUUUAUUCAACAUGGCAUUGAAAAUAUGACUAAAAAUUUAUUUUAUAUCUACAGUAUAAUGAACGCUGGGCUAUCUCUACAUUUGAAUGUUAAAUAAGGGUUGUCAAAAUGACGUUACAACAUUUAAUGUAUUUUUAAGUUGACAUUUCUUUUUAUGUAACAUAAAGACAUAUAUAAGACAGUUUUACUAUUAAAAAAAGUUUUACUUUUUUAAUAACCAUGCACGGUGUACAUUAUGAUUAUCCGAUAUUCACGGUAAACCAAAUAUACCGAUUAAUUGCAUGUCCACACAUGGCAGCAUCGUAUUUACACAUUUCAUUUCCAACCGGCAUCCGUUCCAUUCACGUAAUUACUCGUGCUAAAUGCCAUCAACCCAGAGCUAAAAUGUUUACAUGAAAAAAAAAUUAAAAUGGCGUGCGAGACCCCAUUAUAAACAGUCACACCCAUAAAAUACCACGAGCCCAGGUUUUUCCCUGUGUCUAUGCAGGUUUUACCUGGGUCCAACUUAACAUGGUUUUAAUCUAGAAUUAAGAUAGGGGAGUUAGCCAUGGCUGGCCAAUCCCCCUCAUAGCACAUAAUGCAUGCGUUUUCUCCUGCAUGGCUAAUACCCCGCAUGUGUAGAGCGUAUAGGCUUCGGUCUAGUUGUACCUAGGUCCCUCCCUAACUCGGACCCCUCCUACAAGAUGAUACACUUAGUUUUAGUUAGAUUAAGAAAAAUAAUUGCACUCGUACAAAGUUUUGGGUGUUACAAAUGCAUGGCACAUACCAUUAGGUGGAUAAAAAGUGUUUUCUCUAAUAGUCUGAUUCACACAUAUAUUGCAUUGCAGAGUAAAGGCGAACACUGUAGCCGAACUGAUACUACCUGGCUUUGUAUACCAUCGUAAAUCAUAAGUUUUAAUACAAUUUGAUUACACUAUCUUUAAUUUCUCUAAAACAUAAAAAAAAAUUGAGUGGAAUAAUCAUUGGAGUUGCAGUCAUUCUGGUGGGAAAAAAAUAAUUAAAUACUGAGCACCCAUUAUUACUUCACAGGAGAAACUAUUCGUAACAGUCACUAUUAAUAACAAGGCAUUCCAUGUAAUUAUGUGCAAUGCUGAAAAAAAAAACCAAACUUCUUAAAAAUUAAAUGGGUACAAACCAAUGUUAACAAGAACAGUUAAAACCAAAAGAGAGUAUUUCUAUUACAUCACCUUAUAAAUAAAUAAUAGAUUUAAUUAAAUAAUGCUCUUGAAGAAAUACACUUGGAAGAUGUAUUCUCACUACAAAUUUUGUUUAAGGUAAAAGGCUGUGUAUAAAAAAUUUGCGCCCUAUGGCGUGUAUCUGGCAACUGAGCAGGCCGAACAGGGAAUAGAAGAAAUUGUGAAUUGGCAAGAGAGAGGAAGCGGCAGUUUGACUGCAAUUCAAGGAUGAGAUGCGCUGCAGUAUACAUUCCGUUGUUCAAGAAAUGUUCCCUGCUUUGUGAGUGUCGAGGACGAGAACUCGGAAGCCAAGGAGAGGGUCGCGCACUCACCUCCUGAGCUUGACCCUCCCCUGCGGCACGGUGCUGGGGUCCUCCUUCAGGAUGUUGAUGCGGCAGCCGUACAUGUACUUCUCGAUGAA